AAACAGAAUGGUUAACACAUCUAACGUUGUUAUUUUCCCCCGUUUUUUUUACUUAGGAAGAGAUGAUUGCAGUUUCCAGGAAUUUCCCCCCUCACAUUACUGUUAAUGUCAUUUUAAAAAAAGAAACCGAUGCUGUAGAGACAUGUUGGGUGACACAUGAGUGGGUUUCACUGGGGGUUUCCCAGACACAGUGUCUGGUUUGGUGCAAAUCCCAGACAGAAGCUGUGUGACUGCAGUGAAUCUACAUUCUGAGGGGGGGCGUGGUCACCAACAUCAAAACUCCUCACCAACCCACCAACCCACCUCUGGUCUCUGGUCUCUGUGACUGAAGGACGUUACUGAUGGUACUGUCGGGUACUUUUAUGGUUCACUUCGGGAGUGUCGGGUCCUCUUUGUCUCUGUGGACUCUGAUUGUGUGUCUGAGUUCUGCAGUCUGGACCUCCAGUGAAGGUCAGCCUCGUGUGGUCGGGUCUCUUCAGCCAAUCGUCGCCGUUCUGGGCGAUGACGUCAUCCUGCCGUGCCGCCUGCAGCCUUCGUUAAACGUGGAGCGGCUGACGGUGGAGUGGUCGAGGCCCGACCUGAAGCCCGACCCCUCAGAUCGGCUCAGUCGGGUCGACUAUGUGCACCUUCACAGGGAUCGGCGGGAAGACACGGACAUGAAGCUCCGGUCGUACGUCGGGAGGACGGAGCUCUCCGAGGACGGCCUGAGGAGUGGAGACAUCUCGCUCAAGAUCCUGAACGUGACGCUGGAGGACGGAGGGAGAUACAGAUGUUUCAUCCCGAAGUUAAAGGGCCCAGUGAAGGACUCAGUUGUUACACUUGUUGUAGAACCAAACUCUGUUCAAACGACAACAGAGACGCAGCUGGGUCCCAGAGAUCUCCAAACUCCAGAUCCAAACAAUGAGACGAACGUUAAAGCUGGUCGUUCCCAUCCUGGCGCUCUGAUCGCUGUGGUUGUCUGCAUCUUACUGGUCCUGGUUGGUGGAGUCGGUGUAUAUUUACUUAAACACAAGAAACAACAGAAACUUCUGAAGUAUGACGAUGCCCCAAACAAACCAUCUCCAGUCUAGGUGCCUUGCUCAAGGCCACGUUGGUAGUUGAUGUUAAUGGAGGUGAGAGUGUUUCCCUCUUCUUGGAUCUGUCUCAUCAGUUCAGGGGAUUCAAACCAGGCAGCAGGUCCAGCUGCAAGUGAACCAGCUGAUCAGCAGCAGUGAGACCUUCAGAUCUUGGAUCCUGGAGGAAGUUGACCCUGUUGGAGAAAAGUCGACUUUAAACGGACUCCUAGUCCAACUGAUGGAGGAUCUUCUGGGAACCUUUGGUUUGGACUUUAAAAACUGUAAAUCAUCUUGUGGGCAGCGAGAAGUUACAGUUUUUUGUGAUUUUUGCACCUCAUCACUAAUUUUCAGCUCUCUGAGUCAGCAACUGGAGACCGUACUUCACUUUGGACCUCAAAGCGACUGAAAAGCUCGUCCUGUCCCGAUCACACAGAAUUAAAGUUUAAUUCUGGCAUUGUAUCUGGCAGAACUUGUUUAACAGUCCUACCUUCCUCUUCCUGCUAAUCAGGAAGAUUAUUUGUGUCCAAAGGAUUUGAAUAAAACAACACCACAUGUUGCCCUCUGAUAGGUCAAAGCAGGAACCGGAUGCAGCUGCUGUUUUACACAUGACUACAUUCAAACAGAUUGCACCUCCUAAAGUAGUUCCUCCACAGAGAUUGUUAUUUACACCGACCAACUUCCAGGUGGAAAUGCUGCAACGUACCUCCAGUUAUGAGACGUUAUGCCAAUAACAUUUGUUUAAACUGGUAAAUAACGUCAGUUAGCUUAGCAUAAUCAGAGUGACUACUGACUGUGAGACAUAAACUGUAUUUCUGCUUGUAUGCUCUAAGUUGUAUUGUGCAACCUGAUUUAGUGAAUAAUCAGUCUGAAACAAAUUAGUAGUUAGCUUUAAGUUAGUUAGUUAGUUAAACUUUAUUUAUUUGUACAACUCAGUCUUACCUCUGACUGAAUGAGAAGAAUAUGGGGUAUUUUUGUAUUUUAAGGACCAAUGUUACAAGACGUAAAGGGGAAAUGUGAGUUAGUUAAUCCCCACCUGUUUAGACUGAUCUGAAUCACAUUUAACUGUGAUAAAACUGUGAUUCAGCAGAACGCAGUGUCUGUGUUUUUUGAUGAAAUUUAAUUUAUAUUAUGUAAGUUAGGAUGAUAACUGAUUUGUGGUCACCACUCGUUCAUUCACUAUGACUGUGAGAAACAUUCAGAAUACAAGCUGAGGUUGUCUGGCACAUUCAGAGCUGAUUUUUCUGUUUUUAUAAAAACUAAAUUUAACUUUAAGAGCUCUACACUCCCUGAACAUCAGCUGUGAAAGUGCCUUUGAGCAGGGCACCUAGCCCACACCAGAAUGUAUACACAUUUGUAUAUUGUCAUUGUUGACAUUGUUGUUUAUUGCGGGGGAAAAAAUCAAUUAAAUUGCCAUCAUCUUGAAUGUUAAAAUAUUUCUUGAACUUAAGUUAUUUAUCUAUAGUGUUAUGCUGUUUAAACUCUGAAUAAAAUCAUCCACAGUGGGAUUAAAUGUUAGUGUUUUAGUGUUCUUUACAUUGAGUGUACUUUAUUUUAUAUUUUACAUCUGUUACAUUCUUGAUGUUAUGAGGUAGUACAGUACAUUCAAGGUGUUUAAAAUAAGAGUUUGCCCUAUUAUUAUUUUCAAAUAUUUCUGAUUUGAUGUUGACUUUGUUAAUUGUUAACACAGCGGGUAAAAGUCAAAUAAAUCCCAUUUUCAAACAACCA